AUGGCGACCUCGACGCAGGUUGCACAGCUGCAGGACACGCAGAAGAGCGUCCUGUCGCUCCUCCUGUCGCUCUCGCCCCUCUACUUCCUCGUCACGGCACGGUCCAAGCUCGGGCUUGACGGCCUCCACGUCGGCCUCUUGCAGGUCCUCCUCCUCCUCGUCCUGCGAGCGGGGCUCGACCUCAUCCCGUCGGGCCUCAAGCGCAAGUCGGCUCCCGCUCCCUCGCCAGCACCCGCACCCGCACCCGUCGGCGACGUCGACGCUCCAUCACCCGCACCCGCCGUCCUCGCCGAGCGCGCGCAGAAGCACGGCCGCGUCGAGGGCAAAGUCAAGGAGCGCACCAGGCGGCGGCGGAUCAAGGCGGCGCCCGCACCAGCUCCUCCUCCGCUCUUCGCCGCCGACAAGCUCGACGAGACUGUCGCCAACUUCCUCCACAUCACGGCCCCGGCCUUCCUGUCGCACAUCGCGGCGACCCCGACCACCUCGAUCCCGUCGGCGCCUCUGUCCGAGUGGAAGUCGACGUUCAAGGGCGACAACGUCGAGGUCCUGCAGCACCCCAAGCUCGCGUCGCUCUUUGGCAUCUGCGCCACGUUCCCCGACGUCCCGAUCCGCCAGCUGUUCCAGGUCCUGCAAGACGUCGGGAGCCGCUCGGCCUGGGACAGCAUGUCCGAGGGCGCCGACGAGAUCGAGCGGUUCGAGGUCGAGGGCAGGAAGGGCAACUGCCUCCACAUGCGCAUGAAGGGCAUGGCGAUGGUUAAGGCCAAGGACCUCGUUCUUCUCUCGGUCGCGUCCAAGCUCCCGACCGCCGACGACGAGCCCGCACCGGGCAAGCCCGUCGCCGACAAGGUCCAGAUCUUCGCCGCGACGACCUCUGUCGACCACGAGCGCGUCCCGGCGACGCCGGCGUACAACCGCAUGCAGUUGAGCGUGUCUGGGUUCCUCAUCGAGGAGGUCGGCGCAGGCGGCAGCAAGAUUGUCCAGAUCACCGACUUGUCCGGGCUCGGGUCGUGGAUCCCGGGCGCCGUCCUCCGCACCAUCACGCAGACCAUGCUGCCCAAGUCGCUCGUCAAGCUCGGCGCGACGGCGGCGGCCACGACCAACUUGACUGCCGACUUUCCUCCUCCGACGCUCGGCGUCUACGCCCCUUCUCCGGCCGCCGCCAACGCCGCCGACGACGACGGCGACGCCUCGUCGGACUACGCCUCGGACAGCGACGCCUCGUCGACGUCGUCGAACUCGCGCACGGACCCCACCUCCCCGUCCGACCUCGUCCCUUCCACGGCUUCUGGCCCUUCCUCUUCCUCCCUCUCGUCGCCUGCCUCAGCACGAGACGUCAACUUCCUUCUCGUUCAGCUGCGGAACAUCACGUCGCGCCUCGCCGCCCUCGAGACGCUCGUCGCCUCGCCCCAGGGGCCCUCGAGCGGUAGGCCAUGGUACGCGCUCGGGCUCGGCUCGGGCACUCGCGGCGCAGGGUCGUCGCAGCGCAAGAUCACGGGCGGCGCGGGCGCAGGGGCGGGCGAGACGAGCACGGCGCUCCUUGGGCCCGGAACGCUCGGCGCGCUCGCUACCGUGGGGAGUGCGGCGGCGGCAGCGGUGGCAGUCGCGGCGGUCGCGGCGUGGGGCAAGCGGAGGAGGUAG